UUAAUUCCAUUCUCCGUCUUCUUCGUCAUUGCUACCAAAAAGCGGAAAAUAAGGGUGAAAAAGCGAUGGAAGAAUCGAAAUCCAAAGAGAAAAUUUGCUGGAGAAAAGAAGUGGAUCAGAACUUAAAGCGGCUUCAAUCGCUCCUCUUCGGCGCCGAGCUCUGUCUCAAGAAGCGGGAAUUCGCGCCGGCUCAGCUCCUCUCGCUUCGUCUUCUCGGCUUUCUUGAUUCUCACUCUCACUCUGAACUUGAUGAGGCCUUCAUUCAUCCUAUUCGCAGUGAUGCUGAUUCCAAGCUCGUCACCGCUCGCCGUGCCCUCGUUCAAGAAUCUGAUCGCCGAGCAUUUGCACAAGCAGGAAUAGCUCCUGGUUGUGCUUUUGGCAAGAAAAGAGGUAUUGACGUUGAUAAAAUCAAGCAAUCAAAGUACUUCUGUUCGCAGCUUCAGCAGUCAAAGGGAAAAGCUAUAACUGAAUUGGGAGGACAAGAUAAGUUCAUUAGCAAGCCGUCUAAAGCUAUGACACAGGCGAAAUUGACAUCUUUGUAUGGAAACAAAAUUACAGGAGCAAAUAAUUGCUCAUAUAGAAGUUCUUUGGACUCCAAAAACAAUAGUUACAAAGAUUGUUUUAUAGUGGAAAAGGGACACUCUUAUCAGAAUUUCGCUAGGGGACAUAGUGUUUCAAACUUUUCCAAAGUUGAAGAGGAAGAAAGAGGAAAUGGAAAAGGCUUUGGGACAAAGCGUGCAUACAGAGAAAUUGGUAGCCCUGGAAACAACAGUGCAAGGUCACCAUCAAGCAAUGGAGAAGCUAAAGCUGAUGUUUUGGGGAAUGCAUUUGUAACAGCCCGAGCAAAACUGGAAAUGGAUGUGAGACAAAAACGAGGGCUGGCUGCUUCUCCAAGUGCUGCUUCUGUUUCCCCUCAGAACGAUACCAAUUUCAGUUCUCGAGGUUAUGGUACAAAAUCUUAUGGUGUUUCACGACGUGGAGUUCGUGGUAAUUUUGUUCCCCCUAUAAAAUCUAAUGGUGUCAGUGUUGGAAAUGUGACAUCACGAAUUGGUGGAAGGAGUGAUGAUGCAUUAGAUGACUCAACAAGGACAUGUUUGGAACUUCUUUGUGGUUCUGAUGGUGAACUUCCGGAAAAAUUAAGGAAUUUGGAACCUCGCCUUAUUGAGCAUGUCAGCAACGAAAUCAUGGAUCGAGAUCCAAAUGUUCGAUGGGAAGAUAUCGCUGGCUUGGAGCAUGCUAAAAAAUGUGUGACAGAGAUGGUCAUAUGGCCAUUAUUACGUCCCGACAUAUUUAAAGGCUGUCGCUCUCCUGGAAGAGGUCUUCUUCUCUUUGGUCCCCCAGGUACAGGCAAAACAAUGAUUGGAAAAGCUAUAGCUGGUGAAGCAAAAGCCACCUUUUUCUACAUAUCUGCUAGUUCAUUGACAAGCAAAUGGAUUGGAGAGGGUGAAAAGCUAGUGAGAGCGCUUUUUGGAGUGGCCAGUUGUCGUCAGCCGGCUGUUAUUUUUGUUGAUGAAAUAGAUUCCCUUCUGUCACAGCGCAAGUCAGAAGGUGAGCAUGAAUCAAGUAGAAGACUCAAGACACAAUUUCUUAUUGAAAUGGAAGGCUUUGAUAGUGGCAGUGAGCAGAUUCUUCUUAUAGGGGCAACAAAUAGACCUCAAGAACUAGAUGAAGCAGCAAGGAGAAGACUUACCAAGAGACUCUACAUUCCCCUUCCGUCAUCAGAAGCAAGAGCCUGGAUUGUACGUAACCUCUUGGAGAAGGAUGGACUAUUCAAACUUUCAGAAGAGGAUAUUGAUGCCAUAUGCAGGUUAACUGAAGGCUACUCAGGAUCGGAUAUGAAAAACUUAGUGAAAGAUGCAUCAAUGGGACCUCUUAGAGAGGCUCUAAGACGAGGCAUAGAAAUUACAAAGCUUAAGAAAGAGGAUAUGCGAUCGGUAACACUUCAGGAUUUCGAGAAUGCAUUACAAGAGGUAAGGCCAUCGGUUUCUCUGAACGAAUUGGGUACGUAUGACGAAUGGAACAAUCAAUUUGGAAGCUUAUCACUCUAAAACUUCAACAAAGAAACGAAAGAAGCAUCUCAGCUUUCUUUAACCUCUAUGGAUGAGGGGCUUACUUUCUUUUUCAAGUACAAUUAAACAAUAUAAUCCGAAUAACUACCGUUGAUAUUAAGUCAAGGCCUUGGCGAGGGCUCGCUUAAAAUCCAAAUCACUUGGAAAACGACCUACAUUUGUCAGCAAGGUUUGUUUCGUUGGUUUACAUUCUUUCUUUAACAGAUUUAUUGGCAUGGUUUGUA